AUGACAGACACCAGCGCGUCUUCUGAACUGAACAAGACAACUGUUGCUGCUGCUGCGAACCAAUGUCUGGAAUCAUUCCAAAGAUGCCUCCUCCGAGAGCCAUCUCUCCACCCUAGGGAGCUCUCUAUGGUGGAGGAUCAAGUUGCUAGAUUCUCCACAUGGACUAGUGGCAUAGGAGUCUUUGCUCCUGGGCGAGCAUCCAUGGAUCACCGGCUUCGAUAUGCUCCUGAGGUGCAGAGUAUCGCUAUAGGCUUAUUGGAGUCAUUGAAUUACCGCAUUCGAAAGUUCUCAGAAGUUCUUGACAAACAUGCCAAAGGCCCAGAAACACUCAUCUCAAGCGUACUCGACGAUGGGCUGGGCCGAUUUUUAGGUGAUAUUGCUACCGAGAUCAGUCAUCUCAACAAAAUGUCAAACAUAAUACGCAGAGCUAGCCAAGAAAACCACAAUGUCCAAGCAAAAGACUUUCACCUCAAGGACGAAGAAGGAAAUGAUAUUGAACCACUACUUUUGGAUCAUUAUAAGCGCUACAUUGGCGAUCGAUUCCCAACGGCCAGCAUCACUAUUCAACAGAGACUUGCUGACGCAAUGAUCCUACGACGUAAACGAAUUCUAUACAAAAGAUUUCGCCAUGGAAAUAAAACUAUUCAGCUGCCACAAUUGGAUACCAAAGUAUCAAUCACGAUGCCAGACUCUCGUCUACAACAAGGAGAUAAUCAGAAAGCUAAAGCACCCUCUCGCAUCCAGAGUGCAACAACUCUGCAGCCUGACAAGUUCAAAAUGAUUGCUUCAAGCCCAUCAGUUGUUUCAACCACCAUGACCGUAGCGCUAGGCAAUCACGAAGCACUUGAUUUUCCUAUUGCGCCUGGGCUCCAAGUCAAGCGAAAGUAUGAACAGCUUAAAGCAGAGAAGUUAGUGGCUCAUCAAGCUAUGUUCGAGAAAUCUGAUGAGCCAUUUCCAGCCAUAGACUCAACAGUCGAUCCUGAUAAUACUGGGAAGGACGCUCCAGAAAGAAUCUCUACAGAGAAUGAUCUCAAAAACAACCUGAAGUCGGUUAUUCAAGCCAUAGGGGAAAUUACCUGUCCAUAUUGCCUUUAUACCCUUCCACUCGAAGAGGUUUUCAAUAAGCAGAAAUGGCACAAUCAUGUAAAAAAUGACUUGGACUCAUAUGUAUGUCUUUUCGAGGGAUGUAAUCAGCCAGACGAGCUUUACAAGCAUAGUGACAAGUGGCUCAGCCACAUGCAUCAACACGGUCAGCGGUGGCGCUGCCCAUCUCAUCGCGAACUGGGCAUGUUUCUAUCGAACGAAGAGUACAUGCAACAUAUGCGAGAUGUUCACGACACCAAACUUAGUGACGCUAAACUUCGCGCCUUGGCAAGCAGAAACGCUCGCAGUUUGCCCAAGCUGUUUCCAUUGUGCCCUUUGUGUGGCAAAGACGAGUCUGAAGUCGGUGGUCGUUUAUCGGAUCACAUCACUGGCCACUUGAGAUCACUUGCCCUCAAGUCACUUCCAAGCUACGAAGAAGAUAUUCCGGAUGACGUUGGAAGCGAAAACGAUAGCUCCAACGGCUCAGGAGUGCGAAGUAGAAGCACGCUUGAUAUGUUGGAUGACGAUGAUAUACGUGAAUUCUGGUCGACCAAAAAUGAUGACUCGAAUCAUCGAACCCUUGACCCUGACAUAGAUUCUAAUAACACGCCAUCACAGCAAUCAAGGCAGCCGCCGCCACUGCCUUCAAGAUUUCCGUGCUGGUGUCGAGCCAUAUACUCUUGGGCAGGCGAGUCGAAGCGCGACCUGAGCUUUAUUGAGGGCGACUUAAUCGAAUGCAUAAAUGCUGGAGACGGCUCGUGGUGGGUAGGCAGGCUAUUUCGAGAUAGGACGAUUGCUGGGGCUUUUCCAUCCAAUUUCGUAGAGGUACUACCAGAAGACUUUCAGCCAACAAAACCACCAAGUUCUAUAUCGCCGAAUACAGCGUCAGGGCCCAAGGCAGCACCGCAGAAGUCACAAACGUUCCGGAAACCGUUCGAAGCCUAUGCCAAUUAUCAUAUAAUAGAUCAAUCAGAAGUAUUUCGAGAAACACCGACGUCGCCUCCUGCACCGCCGCCUCAUAGACUUUUUCCAUCCAAUGUCGGAGAGGUACUACCAGAAGACUCUCAGCCAGCAAUUGCACCAACUCCAAUACGGCUGGAUAGAUCGGGCUCUGGUAGUCAAUCUCCCAAGAUUACAGUCUACAAAUGCGAUGAGCCAGGGUGUGGACAAAGCUUUGACCAACCACACAAGCUUAAUCAUCAUCGGCGCUAUCACAGCAGAGACCAUAAAUGCCCUUACCCAGACUGUGGCAAGGGCUUUAGUACUAAAACCCAUUUGCAACGGCACAUUAAUGACAAGCACGAGAAGGAAAAGAAAUUCGCGGAGGUGAACGAUGGGGUUUCUGAUACCUCAGCGAUCCAGACUUCCGAUAACAAGGGGCUCGGACAAGACGCAUACGAAGCUCGGCAGGUCCAGCAGCCUGAUGCCUCUGGCCAGCUGCCUCGUGUUGAAUCUCGUCCUGAAAGCUACGAUACCGGACGGCCCCUCACGCCCCCCAUACCCAUACUCCAGCUUAGAUAUCAUGCCCCCCUCCCCUUUGAUGUGGCAUCUGGCAUGGGUAUGUACUUGGCUAGCAGCCCCGCAAGUCGUCCCAGGACGCCGAGGCGCCAGUCUCCCAUAGACAUCGAUGUGGAAAAUACCUCUGGCGAAAAGUCACAUCAACCUCAGCCAUCAAACAAUAUCGCUGCCGAAAAAGUUGCAGCAAAACAACCUCAAUGGGGUGGCUGGUCCAGUUGGGUUUUAGAUGAGCAGAACAACCGAUACUAUCGCUUUCGUCAGGAUUCUGAAGGAAAUCUUGACUAUGACUGGGAUCAGACUGACUCGGCUGCUACCGCUAAUGCGCGAAAAGCUUCACAAACCACACCGAACAAUGACAGAGCAAAAGACGACCAAGACCUCACUACCGCCCAUUCUACAGCGUCCCAAGAAAUGUGGACUGAGAUCACGAAGGAUCUGGUGCUCCGUGAAGCCAUUGAAGAGCUUGGCUACGAGUAUGAGGAGACAGACCAGUUCUGGUACGUUUUGCAGUAUUUGCAAUAUUGUGAUAACACGUGGGCUUCCCAGGAUGACGUUCUUCAACUGGCUGAGCUAUCUGAUGACAUUCGACGGGCUCGGUCUGAGCGACACGAUGGCCCACUUCCGGAAUCCUCGAAUGCUAGAUCUAACAAUAUUGCAAACUACAAACCGAUCCGAUCUAGGCGGGAUGAGAGUGAGCGUGUCAGAGAGAGAGAGGUGAUUUAUGACCGCGCUCGUAACUCUCGCUCUAGUUAA